AUGGUCGAAACUCGGCGGAGCUCCGCCUCCUCUUCCAAGCGCUCCCUCCCUCCCACCACCUCCUCCUCCUCGUCCACUGCCUCCAAGCCCAAGCGCUCAAAGCGUAAACAGCCUAAGGAAGACGAACGGGUGCCGGUUCAGUCCGAUCGGACCGCCGCCUCGCCGACGGUGGAGCCCGAGAAGCUGCCGGAGGAGCGCGGUGACGUUGGAUUAGCUCCUAAAGGGUAUACCGCAGAUGAGGCUGAUGAACUAGCAAAUCGGUUGGCUCCGUUGAAUCUUCCAGAGGUCCCAUGGGCCAAGCUUUUCUCGCAGGUUCCUGAGAAGCCUCACCUUCAUAUCUCUAGUUCUAUUUUUACUGUCGGUCAAAGCCAAAAUUGCAAUUUAUGGUUACAAGACCCAUCUGUCAGCACUACUCUGUGCAAACUUAAGCGCGUAGAGCAUGAAGGUGCACCUGCUGCCUUGCUUGAGAUCUCUGGGAGCAAAGGCGAGGUGUUAGUAAAUGGAAAAACCUUGAGGAAAAAUUCUAAAUCCAUCCUCUCUGGAGGGGAUGAAGUCGUUUUUAGUUGCUCUGGGAAAUAUGCUUAUAUUUUCCAGCAACUUAAUAGUGACCGUGUAAGUAUACCUCUCUUUCCAACUUCACUAGGCAUUACAGAUGUAAUGAAUGCCCCCAACCAAGGAGUCCAGUUUGGAAAUCGUUCGGGGGAUGCUUCGGCUUUUGAUGGAGCAUCAAUACUGGCUUCACUAUCAAGAAAUGAUGCAUCUGUAGUUGCUUCUCCGACAUCUACGGAUGAGAGUGUUCAGCUAGUACUAGAAAGACCAACACUAUCUGCUUGUGAUGUAUCAGGAUGUACACCAAUUAUCGAUACCAACUCCCACAUUUUGAAGGACUGUUCUGAACUCAAUGAGAAUGCUGGGAUUCCUUCUGCUAAUAGCACUCCUGCUGCUGUAUCUGUUGAUUUUCCUUCUAAUGAUUCCUUUCACAUUGGAUCAGCUACUCCUGGGUUGGAUUCACGUGGGAAAGUUCUCAAGACAUUUGAAGAUCCAAGGGUGCUUCUCAAGGAUCUCCGUUCUCGAGCAACUUUGCCUACAAGUAAACACCAAGGCUUCAAGGAUGGUCUGAAACAACAAAUUCUCAAUCUCAGUGAUAUUGAAGUGUCGUUGGAGUCUUUUCCGUACUAUUUGAGUGAAUAUACAAAAAGUAUGCUGUUAUCAUGUGCAUAUAUUCACUUCAAGUGCAAGGAAUUCAUAAAGUAUACUUCCAACGUAUCAUCAGUGAACAAUAGAAUACUGUUGUCUGGUCCAGCAGGGUCCGAGAUCUAUCAGGAAACAUUGGCAAAGGCUCUUGCCAAGCACUUCGAAGCCAGAUUGCUAAUAAUAGAUUCGUUUGUUCUACUGGGUGUCCAAUCUUUGAAGGAUUUAGAAUCACUAAAAGCUGGUAAGACUGAGAAAAUCAGCAUAUUUUCUAAGCAAAGAUCCCCUGUGGUUGCUACCUCACAUUUCAGAAAACUAGCUUCAAACGUGGAGGCUGGCAUUUUGGAAGGAACAUCAGUAUGUAAUGGCCAAAGUUUCCCAAAGCAGGAGCCAUCAACAUCAUUGAAGAGCUACACAUUUAAAGAAGGUGACAGAGUAAGAUAUGUGGGUUUUUCCACACUUUUUUUUGGGUUCUCUCUUCAAACUCAGAGGGGUCCAAAAUUUGGCUAUCGUGGAAAAGUGGUCCUUGCUUUUGAAGAAAAUGGAUUAUCAAAAAUUGGAGUUAGAUUUGACAGACAAAUUCCUGAGGGCAAUGAUCUUGGGGGUCUGUGCGAAGAAGACCAUGGUUUCUUUUGUGCUGCCCGCUUGCUUCGACUAGAUAAUUCUGGAACUGAAGAUAAUGAUAAGGAUUCCUAUGAAGAGUUACAAGAGGUUGUAUCUGAAGAAAGUAAAAAUGGUCCUUUCAUUAUAUUUAUUAAAGACAUAGAAAAAUCAGUGACGGGAAGCAUAGAGUCGUCCUUAGUUCUAAAGGGCAGACUUGAUUUCCCACCUGGCGUUUUGGUAAUUGGCUCCUACACCCAAACAGAUAGCUCCAAUGAGAAGGCUAAUCCUUGUGGUCAUCUUUUUAAAAAAUUUGGGAGCACCCAGGCAGCACUUCUAGACUUAGCUUUCCCAGAUAGCUUUGGAAGGUUGCAUGAGAGAAGCAAGGAAGUUCCAAAGGCAAUGAAGCAAGUAACCAGGCUUUUUCCAAACAAAAUUUCCAUCCAGCUUCCACAGGAGGAGGCCCAACUUCUAGAGUGGAAACAUCAACUAGACCGCGAUAUUGAAACUCUUAAUGCCAAGUCGAACAUUUUGAGUAUCCGCUCUUUUCUAUCCCGUAGUGGACUGGAGUGCAGUGAUCUUGAAACCAUAGACAUAAAAAAUCAAGCACUUACUACGGAAGACAUCGACAUGAUAGUUGGUUUUGCUCUUAGUCAUCAUCUUAAGCACAGUACAAUUGAAUCAUCUUCUAAGAAUGAUAAGCUUGUGCUUUCCCUUGAAAGCAUUAGGCAUGGGCACAGUUUGCUCGAAAACAUUCAAAGUGAUACCAAGUGUUCAAAGAAAUCGCUCAAGGAUGUUGUUACUGAAAAUGAAUUUGAGAAGAGGCUUCUGACUGAGGUUAUACCUCCUAACGAUAUUGGAGUUACAUUUGAUGACAUUGGGGCAUUGGAAAAUGUAAAGGACACCUUGAAGGAGUUGGUGAUGUUACCAUUGCAAAGGCCAGAGUUAUUCUGUAAAGGACAAUUAACAAAGCCUUGUAAGGGGAUACUGCUCUUUGGUCCUCCCGGUACAGGGAAAACAAUGCUUGCUAAAGCUGUUGCAACAGAGGCAGGUGCUAAUUUUAUUAAUAUAUCAUCUUCAAGCAUAACCUCCAAGUGGUUUGGUGAGGCGGAGAAGUAUGUGAAAGCAAUUUUCUCUUUAGCAAGUAAAAUUUCCCCAAGUGUCAUCUUUAUUGAUGAGGUUGACAGUAUGUUGAGUAGGCGGCGAAAUUCAGGAGAGCAUGAAGCUAUGCGCAAGAUGAAAAAUGAAUUUAUGCUAAACUGGGAUGGUCUCCGUACAAAGGAUAAAGAGCGAGUAUUGGUGCUUGCAGCUACCAAUAGGCCUUUUGACCUUGAUGAGGCUGUUGUAAGGAGGCUUCCAAGAAGAUUAAUGGUGAACUUGCCAGAUGUAUCAAAUAGAGAAAAGAUACUAAGAGUAAUACUGGGCAAAGAAGAUUUGGCACCUGAUGUUGAUUUAGAAGCAAUAGCUAAUAUGACUGAUGGAUAUUCAGGAAGUGACCUCAAGAAUCUUUGUGUUGCUGCUGCACAUUGUCCAAUUAGAGAAAUUUUGGAGAAGGAAAAGAAGGAGAGGAAUUUAGCAUUAGCAGAAGGCAAACCAGUACCACAGUUACGCAGUGACCGGGACAUUCGUCCUCUAAACAUGGAAGACCUCAAAUAUGCACAUGAGAAGGUGUGUGCGAGUGUCUCGUCGGAGUCUAGAAACAUGAACGAGCUUCAACAAUGGAAUGAUUUGUAUGGAGAAGGUGGCUCGAGGAAGAAGGAAUCGCUCAGCUAUUUCAUGUAGAAAGUAUCUUAACCCUUUUGUCGUGUACAGUCUUUUUCUUUCUUUCCAUUUCGUCGCGCACAUUCUUUUUUUAUCUUUCUGUUAUACAACCUGCCGUACUGAAGAAAGAAAGCAUCCAAAAGUAUCUCAUCGCGUGUUCCUGUUGUUUCCUCCUCGUUUCCCCCUCUUUUGUUCGCAUCUAGUGAAUCAAAAGUCCUUCAUCGUGCCUGUUCUAUUUUCUUCUGUUUUGUUCUGUAAGUUGCAUUGCAGCUGUAGCUUGGGG